AUGCUUGGAACCCUAUUCCGACCCCGACUAUCUCGCCAGAUGCUUCUGGUGACCCAAAAAAGCCCCGUUGCCUGGAAAAUGGUACACACAAUGGCAUCUCGAAUCAUCGAUAAACAGCAUAGACUCAUGUAUAGAACCCUUGAAAGGGAAAAAACCCGGUACAAAAAGAGCAAAAUCGCCUUGAAUCCUCGAAUGCGUGAUCUUUUGGUAUACUUGCACAAAUUUAAAGACGGGAACGUUCACCAUAUUCACUUGAAGUCUCCAUCUCAUCAAGCCAAAAACGCCGAGCUUCUCGAAGCUGUGGUUUUUCACAUCAUUAUGGCACUCCAUUGCAUCAAUAACAACAUUCCAGUGGAAAAGCAUUACAGAGCGUCACUCGAAGAGAUCAAAAGGCGAAAAGAGAUUAGCCGAAUUUCGAAUGAAGACCUCGACUUCGACUUCGACAUCGACUCCAAUAUUCAAUCUUUGGUCGAAAAAUUUACCAUAAAAAAUGAAAGUUCCCACAGCCAAAGCCAUUUACAUGAUACCCAAAGGACCCAUUUGCAUCUUUCUCUACAAAUUUUCAACACACUUUCAGACUACAAAUUUCUGGAUUUGGUUUCUUGGAUUGGUUCGGUUUCGGCACCAUCUGUCCUAGACAGCUGUAAGUCGCUAGCCACACUCACGGAAAUUCCACCAUUUGUCACCUCAGAUCUACUCCUACGUACACCAAUGAGCCCAGCAGACCUCCAGCUCCAAAUCGAUGUCUGGUACCAAUUUAUGGCAGACAUCACCACCGCCUAUCAUCACCGCAAUUCGCAUUUGAAAGAUAUCAUCGAUAAUCUUUUGUUCUAUUCUGUGGUUCACGACACCUCCUUGCUCCCAGACGUCUUACAUCGAACCCUUGGCCAUCUUACCGACAAGAAAAAAGCGUUCCACUUUCCCUUUGUAAAUAGCGAGUAUUUGAACAAACUCAUGUGGACGCUAGCUUUCGACUUCACGAGGAUCUCGAACCAAAAUCAACUUGUCAAACUGGUGGUUUCGGCCCAGGAAAUCAUCGUCAAGUAUAUGGCUACAGUUGGAAAAGUCAGGUUGAAGCUUGAGGGCCACAUGGGAGUUGUGCUAGCUGUGAACUCGAUUUCGCAAACCAAGGCUCGGCGGUUUUUCACCAUAGCUGAGCAGAAGUUUGUUGAUGGGUCUGUUCUUCUGAGCCGUGAAAUGAGCUGCUACAAUUUCACCAAGACAUACUUGAGCGAUACCCCGGAGUCCCUACUCGAUACCUUCAAUUCUUGUGCCAUUGACAACUUUCAUUCGGCCAGCUUGUGGUUCGCAUUUGUCACCAAGCUUCGCCAGUUCGACUUGAUGACUGUAGCCCGCUCGAAAAAGAUUCUUGAGGAACUUGUCAAGCACAGCGAUCGUCUUCUCAUUACCAAAGAUAUCCUUCUGGUACUUUUGUAUCCAUUGCAAAGUUUGAAAAGCAUGCAUGAAUUCAUGCAAAUAUUGGGAAGUGGUCAAGCAGGGCACAAUAUGGUAGCGGCGCAUAUUUCAGUGCUAACUCCCAAGUAUCUUGCGGCACUUUAUAACAAUCCUGAAGCUGACGUGGUACCAGACUCGUUAUGGAAUUUUGCUGAAGAAGUAAAGGCUCUCCAACUAGCAAGACACAUUUAUGCUAAAGCCAAAAAGACACCCAAGUUGGUGGGGAUUAUGCUCAAUGGUGAGGCAGGUUUACAACCCCAACGGAUAUACGACUUGUACAAGACGGAGCUCACGGAUCGAGGUUUGUUUCCAGACGAACAGUGUCUACUUGCAUUGAUAGUUGCAGCCAGUAGUUCGCUGGAAACUGUGCUUAUGUGGGGUAACUUGUAUGCUCCACAAGUGGCCAUUAGAGAGUUCAAUAUCUUUACUGCUGGCAGCGACAAACGGUCCUCGCGGUACCUCCGUCUUAGCGACAAGCUCUGGCAGCGGUACAUUGCAAUGCUAGUUCAAUUUGACUAUAAUUCAGAGUUAUCUACCAUUUUGCAGCGAUGGGUCGAGAUCGAGUUCCAGCCUUCUCCGGAAACUUUGAUGGCAUUGUUGCGGGCUCUUCCCGUAGACUUUGCGCUGCGGUGUAUAAGCCACUUUGAGAAGCUCAGGAGAGAAAGUAUAGGAGACCAGUUGAAGGGCCCAAGUCUGUGGUCGUGGCCGACAGUUGAGGAAAUGAGACAAAAAAGAAAAUGA